AGGCUCAUGGCUUCAAAAGAAAUAGUUUCAGAUCCCCAGGAUCUGCUCACCUGUGCCAUUUGUAAGGUCCAUCUUUCAGACCCAACAACUGAAGCCUGUGGACACAGUUUUUGCCAAUCCUAUCUCAGCAGUAGGAAUGAAGUUUCCAUGCCUUUGUCCUGCUCUGAAUGUCCAGAAGUAUCACAGUCACAAGCUUUUAAAGACACUUCAAGGAAAAGCAAUAUGGCCGUCAUUGUCACACAAUAUGAGCAAUAUCCUGAGAAAGCCAGCAACUGUGAAAAACAUCAAGAGACCCAGAAGCUCUUCUGUAUGAAUGACCAGACCUUCCUCUGUAUGUUCUGUUCAAAAUCCCAGGAGCAUGAAACUCAUGAAGUCUGUUCUAUGGAAGAGGCUGCUGAGGACUACAGGAAGAGACUACAAGAUAAUCUGAAACUUUUAGAUGAAAAUUUAAAAGAUGUCAAGAAGCUAAUGCAUGAGGAGAAAGAGGUCCCUCGGACUUGGGCUGUGGUGUGGACAGAACAAGUGGAUAUGUCAAAAGAAAUGCUUAAGGAAAAAUUUCAGGAGAUAAGUGAAUUUCUGAGUGAUGAAGAAGAAGAUGUACACAGCCUUGUGGAACUGGAUGAAGAGGAAGAUGAGAUGUUUCAGAAACUGAAGGAUCAUGAGGCCCAGGAAGAAAUAAAAAACAUUCAGAAAAAGGAAAGUAGCAGACUCCAACUGUUGCAACAUAGCAAAAACCUACGAGAGAUGGUGUCAGAAUUGGAAGAAAAGUCUCACAUGUCAGAUGGGGACCUGCUGCAGGACAUAGGAAACACUUUGAGCAGGAGUGAGUUACUGCUGCUACAAAAACCAGAACCUUUCACCCCAAAACUGAGUGAUUCUUAUUGUGUGGAUUUAAGCAAAUUUCUCAAGAAAUUUCAGGAAUCUCGACUGCUGGCAUGCCACUAUCCAUAUGAAUUAUCUGAUGAUAGGAAGAGGACUUUCACAUUUGCUGAUCUCUCUUCAGGACAAACAUAUAUUGUUUAUACCUCUGGAAGUAUCCACUACAUGAGUGGGAGAGAAUUAUCUAUUAUACCAUUGGACAUAGAUAGCAUUUCCCAAGAAGAACAAGCACAACCCAUCUUUGCCUGCUACUGUGCCUAUUGAAAGGAACAUCCAAUUUGUUACACUUUCUCCCUGAGUCCAAAUAGGAUGUCAUCAGGUACAGUCAUGCCUGGAGACAUUGAGGAUGAAACUAUAUCAUCUCCUUAUGCACAUGAGAGGAGUCUAAUUGAAGGAGAACAUUGGAAGCUGAUUUUACUCUCUCCACGUUAAGAUAAUUUUGGUUUUUUUCCCAUGGAAUUGUAAAUGUAGUAGCAUCUUUUAUCAUCUAUACUUCUUAGCUAUGUAUGUAAUGGUUUUGGGAAAUUAGCAGCUUUUCCUUUCCUUUCCCCCUGCCCCCAAUCUGAUGUUUCUACCAAGGUUACUAUCGAUGGGAAAACGUCAGACAUGGAAUGAAAAUUUGUUGUUGAAAUCCCAAAUAUCAUAUACCUAGUACUCUUUUAUCCAUUAGCACACACACCUCUGUAAUACCUUAUCACAUGAUUAUAUAUUUAUGAAUGUUAUAUACUCACCCACAUCUAUAUGCACAUAUAGAUAGCAAGCUAUGUCCACUAAAUUUGUUUAACUUUUUUUGAUUCUACUAUAAAAUCAUAUCCAGUGCUUCUCAGCUGUGGGGGAAAAAUAAAUGAGAGGACAAACCAA